CUUUCUAUUCGUGAGUGGCGGAAGUGGUCGUUAAGUUGGCAUUUCAUCAUGCCGGAAGCAGGUCAUAUCGCGUCAUCGAAUGACAUCUGCUUAUCCUCAUUAUGGAAAUCUUUUAUCGGUCUCUUCCAGGAUUUUAAUGGCUUUGUUAUCAAGAAUAUGGUACCAUUCUCAUUAAUCCUGCUAUACUUGCAAUUAAGGCAUGUACGGGUGCCUCUCUCGGCAUUUCUUCAUCGCCAAAAUGUCUUGUUUCUGCUCUCGACUUAAGUGGAGCCCUAAGCUACUCAAACCUGCCAUCUCCCUAGGCUUGCGGUUGGACAUUUAUUCUUUUGGCUCUUGCUGUUCCUUCCCGCUUUGCUUCCUUCUUGUCCUUCAGAGUCUUUGUUUGCAAUGGCGGCUCCUACUAAAUUCAUCAUUAGAGAAUUCUCAGAAUCUGUUUCCUGCUUUGGGGUCGAGACUCUGGUGUCUCUACAAUGUUCCCGGAGACAAGCCAACUUCAUGGAGAUUACGGACCAAAGACUGAAAAGAAUUCUUCUUUCGGAAGACGAUUUAGUAAUCUUAGCGGUGAAAAUGACUUUGGGUAGAAGCCACCUGGAAAGGAAGGAAUACUACAGGGACAACACCCAAAUCUCUUCCAGAUUUGUGGCGUCCCUCCUGGAUGUCCAAGUGCAAAAUGGUGAGGUAAGAGAUCUAGCUAGGAGUCUUUUUCGCCUGGAACUUUUGGGUGGAUUGGGAAAGGUCUUGGGCUAUGCAGUCUUGGGGGUUGGUAUUCCCAGGCCGGGAGAUCUCGCCUCCGUCUUAGAGGAUGAAGAAACUCUUACUUUUUGCCCUUUCCUCUUAGACCUCAAGGGUCCGGCUUUGUUGAGACAUAGACAGUUUCCUGGCAUGGCGCACUCUUUCUUGAAGUGGAAAUUCUUAAUUGACCAGAGUGUAGAGCUGGAGAAAGAAGAGGAAUUCAGAGAAUUCAGAAUUCUCUAUCCUGAAUGGAUGGCUUCAUUCGCAAGACAACUUAGAGGCUCCCAGCCAUAAUGGUGGCAAUACUUCUCAACAGCAGAUUGAUCAAACCCCUGGUAGCAGGUUGGGAAGCCAAGGUGGAGGUCGUGAUUAUGGCCGUUGUAGUGGGUGUGGGGUGCGUGGUCGAGGUGGCAGUCGUGAGGGUCGUGGUCGUUGGCGUGGACAUGGUAGGGGUCGUGGUGGCGGCAGGAAUCCUGAGAGCUCUGCUGGGCCUUCCCCAUCCUCUCCUCCUGGGCCUUCGGCAUAGCCACAUUUUCAAAUUCUGAGAUAUGAUCUUUUUUCUGUGUUGAACUCUUUGUUUAUAAUCUCUGGUUUCAUAUAUGUUAUGUUCUCCUGGACUCUACGGAACCUUUAUUUUUUGCCGAAGUCCCGUUUUUUCUUGGUGAUUAAAGAUGGAAAAUGUACUUUUAAAUUUAUGACAGAUCAUGCAGGAUCUGUAGGCUCUUUCAUAUGUAAUUAAACCUUUUACAGCAAUAUAAUUCUCUGGCUCUACCGUUU